AAUGUUUAAAAUAAAUUUGUUCUGUUUUGUUUAGUGAACUGAAACAAACUCUUCUUGAAAUGUAUAAAAAUAAUCUAAAUGCAGUUUAUCAACAUAUAGAUGAAUGCAUUAUUACAGAUUCUUAUGCUAAAGAAAGUCCCGUAAACAAUUUUUGGUUUGGAUGCAGUUGUGAAGGAAAUUGUUUGGAUCAAAAUGAUUGUUUUUGCUUUGAUCAACAUCUUGUAGCAUAUAACAAUGAUGGAACAAUAAAAAAUUUGCAGAGUAACGAGCCUUUGUAUGAGUGUAAUGAUUGCUGUUCUUGCAGCUCAUCUUGUGGAAAUCGUAUUUUUCAACAGGGUUCAAAAGGAGUGUAUGAGGUUUUUGCUACAAAAAAUCGUGGUAUGGGAUUAAGAACAGUAGAGUUUAUUAAAAAAGGUGCGUUUGUUAUAGAAUACAUUGGGGAACUUUUGUGCGAUGCAGAAGCCCGAUUUAGAUCGGCUAACAUGAAACCAACUGAGUCGAACUAUAUACUUGUGCUAAGAGAGCACUUCGGAGAAAAAGUUCUAAAAACAUGUAUCGAUGCAGGUCGUUAUGGUAAUUAUGCUCGUUUUAUAAAUCAUUCAUGCGAGCCUAAUUUGUCCAUUGUUCCUGUGAGAUUUAACAAUUCGAUUCCACAUGCAGCAUUAUUCUCUUUGCACAAUAUCGAGGCUGGUGAAGAAUUGACAUUUAGUUAUGCAGGAAAUGUACCCGAAAGUGUAGAUGUCAAAGAGAUAGAAAUUAGAAAAAAAUGCUUUUGUGGUUCUAUAUCAUGUUCUGAAAAACUUCCAUUUACUUUAAAUGCUUUUAGUUAAUUAAACAUACAUUAUUUCUAUAAAGACAUUUUAUGGUUGUAUAAAUUUUAAUAUGCUAGGGAUUAUUUCUGAGAUAAUAUUUUUUAUAAUUAA